AUGGAGGAUUAUAAAUCAUCUGGGACUCACCAAAAAGUUGAUAUUGUAUCAGAUGAAAAUGAUGAAGAUCAUAGGAAAUUGAAUGAUAUCUGCCUUGGUCUAAUAAAAUAUACAAAUGCUGGUAAAUCAUUAUUUAUUAUAUCAAAAAUUGCAGAAUUGACUCAAUUCUUAUGCAAUUCAAGCGAGUCUGAAUAUGAUGUUUUAAUUGAAAAAGAAAUUCCACAAUUAUUGCUAAAUUUAUUUAAUUUAACAUCAAAAACAGAAGAAUAUAGACCAGUCACCUAUUGUAUGAUCCAAAUUUAUAGGAAAGCCCACUCAACUCAUGACUUUUUUGAAUCUCCAUUUUUUAUUGAGAAUUUAAUUCAAAUUGAUGGCUGUCAGCAAGCCAAGAUAGACUGUAUAGUUCAGAUUCUUCAUGAAGUUGUUGAUAAUCUUCAAAAGCACUCAUUACAUGAGCCUCUUUCAGAAUUAUUCUCAAUAUCUCUUUUAGAAAAUCUUGCACAAAACACAACAAAUGAUGAUUCACUUGCAUCGAUUAUGCUAAUUGCUAAAGCUUUUUCCUCUCUAAUAACAGACAAAGAAGCUGGAUCAAACUAUCUCAAAUUUAUUAGAGCGAAUAUUAUGCGAGGUCAAGAGAAAUCCACAUGUAUAAUGAUAGAUAUGCUCAGUGAUCUAAUUAACCGAUUGAUUUUUGUGAAUGAAACUUUUAUAAGUGAAGGAUUUAUUCCAAUUUUGGUCGAAUAUUUUCGUUUGUUUAAGAAUGGUAUUGGUAAUAGCGCCGCCGGAUUUAUUUCAUUAUAUUUAGAAAAGGUUGGUGAUGAGUUUCCCAUUGAUAUAGAGAUUCUGGAAAAGAUUUUAUUAGAUAAUUCAAUAUAUCAUGAAUUUCCAGAUUAUUAUUUUAAUGUUUCAAAAGUUAUGUGCCUGUUGGUCAUAAAUAAUCAAGAAAUUGUCCAGAAAUAUAUAAAUUCAGAAUUAAUUUACAAGCUCAUCUCUUCCAUUGAUAACUACACCGCAAAUAUUCAAAGCAGUAUCAUUAGGACUAUAAGUAGUUGCAUUUUUCAGUCGAAUGCUGAUCUUUUUAAAAUAAUUUUGAAAAGUAUUAACAGUAUUCAAAUCAUAUUUGAAUUGAUUACCAGAGGUAUCGAAUAUUGUAAUGAGUAUGUUACUGGUCCGGUAUUAUUUGCUUUGCACAACAUGUUAUUAUUGGCUCAAAAUGAUGAAUCUAUUGGAAAAGUAGUAUAUGAGAAUAUAAGUUCUUGUAUUCCUGGGUCUGAUAUUUCGGAUAUUGAAAUUGAAUCAGAAGAUAUUGAAGCAUUGAUAGAUAAAAUCCUCAAUCUUUCUCCAUAUUCUGAAGAAGGGAAUGAAUGA